AGCAAAUCUGACUGUGCACGAGCGAAGGGUGACACCGGGCGUGCAGCACCGACCUGAAGGCACCUCUUCAGGGGGAGCCCGAAAUUUGAAGAUUCUCUUUCCUGUCGGAGACUACAAACCAAAUAAAUAGGGUUUUAUGUUACUCUGGUAGUGAACCGAUGGUGGAACCAGUUUGUGAAUUUGCCCUGGCCAGACAGGCUAAUGUUCCUCAUCUCCAGCAGUGUUCACGGAAGCGACGAGCACGGGCGCCUGCUUAGAAGGACGCUGAUGCGCUACGUCAAUCUCACCUCCCUGCUCAUCUUUCGCUCGGUGAGCACUGCUGUGUACAAAAGAUUUCCCACAAUGGACCACGUGGUUGAAGCAGGUUUUAUGACAACAGAUGAAAGGAAAUUAUUCAACCACCUCAAGUCUCCUCAUCUGAAAUAUUGGGUUCCAUUCAUCUGGUUUGGAAAUCUUGCAACUAAAGCCCGGAAUGAAGGUAGAAUCAGAGACAGUGUUGAUCUGCAAUCAUUGAUGACUGAAAUGAAUCGAUACCGCUCUUGGUGCAGCCUCUUAUUCGGUUAUGACUGGGUUGGGAUUCCGCUGGUUUACACCCAGGUUGUCACUCUUGCUGUCUACACCUUCUUCUUUGCGUGCCUGAUUGGACGCCAGUUUUUGGAUCCCACCAAAGGCUACGCAGGGCAUGACUUGGAUCUUUACAUUCCCAUCUUCACCCUCCUACAAUUCUUCUUCUAUGCAGGAUGGCUUAAGGUAGCAGAGCAGCUUAUCAACCCUUUUGGAGAAGACGAUGAUGAUUUUGAAACUAACUGGUGCAUUGACAGAAAUUUGCAGGUCUCUCUUUUAGCUGUGGACGAAAUGCACAUGAGCUUACCCAAGAUGAAGAAGGACAUUUACUGGGACGAUUCUGCUGCUCGCCCACCAUACACAUUGGCAGCUGCUGACUACUGCAUACCCUCAUUUCUGGGGUCAACAGUCCAGAUGGGGCUGUCUGGGUCCGACUUUCCUGAUGAGGAGUGGCUGUGGGAUUAUGAGAAGCAUGGCCAUCGGCAUUCCAUGAUAAGAAGAGUCAAGCGGUUCCUGAGUGCCCACGAACACCCCUCCAGCCCCAGAAGAAGAAGCUACAGGAGGCAGACUAGUGACAGCUCCAUGUUCUUACCCCGAGAUGACCUCAGCCCAGCCAGGGACCUACUGGAUGUGCCCUCAAGAAACCCCCCCAGGGCCUCACCCACCUGGAAGAAAUCCUGCUUCCAAGAAGGAAGCCCCACGCUGCACUUCAGCAUGGGAGAGCUGUCCACCAUCAGGGAGACCAGCCAGACAAGCACUUUACAGAGCCUGACCCCACAGUCCAGUGUGAGAACUUCCCCCAUCAAAAUGCCACUGGUACCUGAGGUAUUGAUCACAGCGGCCGAAGCACCAGUGCCCACAUUAGGCGGCUACCACCAUGACUCCGCUACCUCCAUCUUGAGCUCUGAGUUUACAGGGGUUCAGCCAAGCAAGACUGAGCAGCAGCAGGGCCCCAUGGGAUCCAUCCUGUCUCCCUCAGAGAAGGAGACACCUCCUGGAGGCCCCAGUCCCCAGACUGUUUCAGCCAGCGCUGAGGAAAAUAUAUUCAACUGUGAAGAAGACCCUGGUGAUACCUUUCUAAAAAGGUGGAGUCUUCCGGGAUUCCUGGAGUCCAGCCCCACUUCCUUGGGAAACCUAAGUCCAGACCCCAUGAGCUCUCAGCCAGCUCUUUUAAUUGACACAGAAACAUCCUCAGAGAUCAGUGGGAUCAACAUUGUGGCUGGCUCUCGAGUCUCUCCUGAUAUGCUGUAUUUAAUGGAAAACCUGGACACCAAGGAAACAGAUAUCAUAGAGCUGAACAAGGAAACUGAGGAAUCACCCAAAUGAGUGCCGCAAAGUUCUAGGACCUGGUUCUAGCCUAGAUUCUUACCUCCCCAAAAGCAGCAUAUUAGGCCCAGGACAUACCUGAAGGCUGGUCGACUUUUUAAAAACAUGAUCACACUGUAUAAGCUACUUAGAACUUUGAAGGGCAUUAUGAUCCUGACUUUUUGAGAGCUGUGAAAAAUCAAACGCAUUCACGUCGUCCAUCACAACAUGGCUUUCAUCGGAAGUUACACAGACCACAGUGACUUAGCCAAAUAAGUCUUAACCAAAAAAAAGGAAUCUGAAAAACAUACAUGACUUAUAAAUUCAUAGAUUAUUAGUUGUGGAAAGAGUCUCAUAGAUCAUAGUCCAAUCCCCUAGACCCAAAGGCCCAGACACACAGGGUUCUCUAUUUCUCUUCUUUUUUCUCUUUCUUUUUUUCUUUAGCCAUAAAGAAAGGAGAUGGAUCACCUAAUGCCUGAAAGACCCCCUCCUUCCUAACUUUUUUGUUUGAGGCUUUCUAACCAUCUCAUUCCUACUUUUAUAACGAUUAUUGUUAUUAUCACUUCCUGAUUCUUAAGCUUCCUCAGCACCAGAACACUUAAUUCUCUUCAAUUUCCUUUUUUACUUUUCUCUCUUUCCCCUUUAUUCUGUCAUCCUUUUUUUCCCUUCCCUUCUUUCUGGUUGUGCUGCUUUUCUAGUAAUCUGUCCCAUUUUUCAGGUUAUAAUAUUUCCUCUUGCCAAAUCUGUUGCUUAUGUCUUGCCAUGAAUUUCAAAAUAUAAGACAUUGUCAGAGCCUCCUACAGAAUCAUCAAAAGUGUCAACAAAUCCAGCCUGAUACCCUUCCAGUCUCACUUCCAGUGGAAGGCAUAUAGGAGUGAUGGUUCCCCCCAUGUCCUUGCAGCCAUUGACAUUUCUUUCUGCUUCCACUAUUUGGUCUUGGGCACUGGAGAAAAAGGAAGCCAAGAGAAUAUGAAAUUUGCAUAGCCAAAUGCUAUGGAACCAAAGAAUAAGAUGACUCACAUCUGUUUAACUUGAACUCUUAUGCAAAAAUCCUAAUCGUGUCGCAACACGGGACCAGUUACUGUGUCUAUCGGGUCAUUUGGGAAUGAGGUAGGAUACUGGAGCUGGGAGGCUAAUGGGGUCCAGAGCUGCAUAAUGGGGAUCGGAUGUUGGUACUCCUCCCAGGGACCUCUCAGGACGGCUGUUUGUCGUGGGCUCCCAAGUGCCUAGGCCAUGCCUUACAACUGCUGCACUUACCAUUUGUCAUAUGAUGGCACUUGACUACAUAUGGCUUUAAAAAUAAAAUAACCCUCAAAACUA